AUGUUCCCGGAAGUGAUGAAAGGUGGCAGACUCAGUCCUCCCGGAUGUCAGCCUCGCCAGAAAGUCGCCUUCGUGUUUCCCUACAGGGAGAGCUGGGCUGACCUCAAAAUCGUCUUGAAAAAUUUGAUCCCCAUUCUGAUUAGGCAACAAGCGGAAGUUCAGUUUUUUGUCAUUGAACAGGCUGUAGGCUCAACAUUCAACAGAGGUGCCUUGCUUAACGUCGGGUUUGUGGAAGCCUUGAAGGUUCGCGACUUUGACUGUUUCAUCUUUCAUAACGUCGACCUUAUCCCCCUCAGUGAUAAAAACCUGUACAGGUGUGGCGACAACCCCCGCCAUUUCGCUCUAGCCUUCAACAAGUACUCGUAUUCUAUUUACAACAAAGCUUACUUUGGUGGCGUCAUCGGUUUCUCUAAGCAACAAUUCCUGGACGUAAACGGCAACUCUAACGUCUACGUGGGAUGGGGAGGGGAGGACGACGACUUGCUGGAGAGGUUCCUCAACAAAGGCUAUUACCUCAAUCGUUACGGUCUCAGUAUAGCCAAGUACGAUGUGAUCAGCCACGACCGUGAUGAAGGAAAUGCAAAGAACCCAUACAGAAUGCAAAAACCAGUUUGA